AUGGUUGGUCCAGGCCACAGCUGGUGUGCAGUUGCUGGGCAAGCAAAAAACAUCCUCUGUGGUGUGGGCAGGGUGCAGGUGAUUGGCAAGCAGGGGCACAGGCAUGCAGAGGGGGCGGGCACUUGGGACGCAGGCAAACUCUGCAAGAGGCCUGCCGAGGGAAUGGGUGCCCAAGCAAACAGGAGGCCUUCACAGGCAGGAAGCUUUGUAGAGACUUUUCCCUGUUGCAAAGGCCAGGGAAUAUUAUCACUAGUCCAGGACAAGGCUGCAAGGUCACCAAAUGAUGGACAGUUUUGGUCUGGUCUAAACUUACCUAUCUCUUUCCAUCACUGGAAUACCUCCAUGAAGUCCUCAUACCCUAAAAUAUCACUGAGCCCGUUAAAGCCACCAAUAGAGACUGAGCAAAGAAUAAAGGGAAUCAUGGAGAAACUAAACCAGCUGAUCCCACCCAGACCUUUCACCCACAUGAACACCACUACCAGUGCUGCACACAGCACAGCCAACAUCCUCCAGCCUUGAGACACCUACUGCGGAGGAGAUCAGCUAGACAUCCGACUAGAGGGGAGAGACCACUUGGGAUGCAGAAAGGAAAGUAGGUGGUAUUUCCCGAGGGCCAGGAUGUCAUCCUCAUCUCUAAAAGCAGACACUGCAGGAAAGGUGACAGACUUACACAAUGGCACCUACCUUGUCAGUGUCACUCUGUUCUGGGAAGGCCAGGUCUCUGUCCUCCUGAUCAUCCACCCCAGUGAAGGAGUAUCUGCUCUCUGGAGGGCAAGGAACCAAGGCCAUGACAGGGUUAUUUUCAAAGGUAAAUUUGUUAAUGGCACCACUCAUGUCUUCACUGAAUAUGGCCUGACCCUAAACUCAAGUGCUGAACUGCGAUUAUGGAAACUCUUUAGCAAACCAGAUCACCAGGACUUAGCUAUUCCAGGAUUACCUGAAAAAUUCUUAUUUCAGAAUUUUCCAAUUCUUCCACCAUCACUAUUUUUCCACUUUGUCCACAGGUUACAAACACAGUACAAUCAUGUGUAUGACUAUUCUGUGGAUCUAGACAACCAGGGAAUGCAAGAGAGUGAAAAAAUAAAAGACAAGUACCAAGUCAGAAUGAAGAUUCCUGUCCCUGGUAGGUAUACUUCAGAAGGAAGGUGGAUUACAAUAUUUUAUAACCAGAUUCAGAUAAAUACAACUGAAAUAAAUGACUGUUUAAAAUUCUUUUACCUCCUGGGAAACUCUACACUGCACCAGUGGAUCAAAUACUUACCCAAACUUGCAAAAACACUAAACUUUUUUGAUCUUCAUGGAACUGGAAUUUUUAAGAAACAUUUGCUUUUGGAUGCAGACAGACACAUUUAGAUUGGGUGGAAAAACAUAGCUACUCUUUUGUCACUCUUUCAGCUCUACUCUGUGCUAGAUGAGGGUUAUAUCCCUCAGGAAAUUGACUGGAUAUCAGGUGACAAAAAUGAAAAGAUUAUCGUCACACUUGGCCAGCACUUCAGGCCCUUCGUCAUUGACAUUUUCAUUCACAAGGCCAUCGGUGCCUAAAAAGCUUCUCAAGUACUGUUCCUAAAAAGCCCAGCCACUAAAGUAAUCUUUAAGACAGAAAACAUCAGGGACACAGAAAGGUUUGGAAAGUUUCAUGGUUAUAUUAAAUAUCUUACCAAGGACAUUUUCAAAGAUCUCAGUGUGUCAUUGCAUAUGUGACAUGACCAUUUGCAUAUGGCAUGAAGUGUCCACCCACAUGAUCAUGUACUUGGAAAUCAGAUUAACAU